AUGGCUCAGGUUCAGGAACAGCGUGCUCCUCUCCGUCUGGGCUCCAUUGCCCCCAACUUCGAUGCUGAGACCACCAACGGUCCUAUCAACUUCCACGAGUUCAUUGGCAACAACUGGGUUGUCCUCUUCUCUCACCCUGAUGACUUCACUCCCAUUUGCACCACUGAGCUCGGUGCUUUCGCCAAGCUCGAGCCUGAGUUCGCUGCCCGUGGCGUCAAGCUGAUUGGUCUGAGUGCCAACAGCCUUGACUCCCACAAGGAGUGGAUCAAGGACAUUGACGAGGUCACCGGCUCCAACCUCAAGUUCCCCAUCAUUGCCGACCCUAGCCGCAAGAUUGCCUACCUCUAUGACAUGAUCGACUACGAUGACACCACCAACGUUGACCAGAAGGGCAUGGCCCUGACCAUCCGUUCCGUCUUCAUCAUUGACCCCAACAAGAAGAUCCGUCUCAUCCUUUCUUACCCUGCCUCCACUGGCCGCAACACUGCUGAGGUCCUCCGUGUUGUCGAUGCUCUCCAGACCACCGACAAGAACGGUGUCACCACCCCCAUCAACUGGCUGCCCGGUGACGACGUCGUCAUUCCCCCUGUCGUGUCCACCGAGGAUGCCAAGAAGAAGUUUGGCGAGGUCCGCGAGGUCAAGCCUUACCUGCGCUACACCUCUCUCAAGAAGGACUAA